UUUUUUUUUUUUUUUUUUAAUUUAAAUUAUUUCUUCAAGAUAAAAUUAAAAAACUCUCUACAUUGAACAAUUGUUAUUUAAAAGAAUACUUUGAUAAAUGAGUUUUUCCUCAAAACCAGAUUAUUAAAUAUUAUUAAAAAAGCAGAAGUGUUUAUUGCAUCUCACAUAAAUCAUUGAUGAAUAAUUGUUUGUGAUGUGUGCAUAUAAAAUAGUGUUGCAAUAUAUGUAUAUAAAAAUAUUUACAAUUCUGUAAAAUUACCUUCACCUAGACCUUUCUUUCAGGGUAAUAGAGAGGGGAUCCGGAUAUAAAAGCUUUCCUCUGGAUACCAAUGCUACCAGAUACAACAUUUCACUUAAUCCAUACGACAGUUGUCAUUCUAAGAGCCACAAAAAACGACACCCCAUUUUAUAAACAUCAACAUGCGCUCACUUAUUUUAUUGGGGUUGCUAAUUUUAAUUGGCUCAAUUGUAUCUGGAAGAGAAUUAAGGGGUGAAAAAAAAUAUCGUAGAUAUAGUUCAAAUAUUGGAAAAGGUAAAAGAGGUACUGGUGAUUAUUCAAGUCACGGAUCACAAAAUUACUUUUCACCAAUACAUAGUGCAAUUGCUGAUCGUCCAGCAAUAGGAAGUUCAUUAGGUGGAUCACAUACGGGUAUUAGUUUUGGAGCACUUGAUCAAUUUAAUUUGGGACAAUUUGGCUCGGGACAUGGAAUUAGUUUGGCAGCAUUAGGUCUCAGUGGACACAGUAGUGGAGGAGGAGCAUUAACAGGAGGAAGACAAAGCUCUCAAUCAGCAUAUUCAUAUCCUCUUUUUUCACCAGUAUCAUCAAAAACUGGUCCAGUUACAUUUGGGCUACAAGGAAGCACUUCAUCUGCAGGUUCAAAUUACAUGAGUCCUAUUUAUGCAAGUGCAGGACAAGGUUUAUCAGCUUAUGGCUCUGGGGGAAUAUCAUUACCACAUUAUCUCAGUCAGGGAUCACAAGGAUUAUCUUACAGUUUACCACAGUCAUCUAGUAUUUCUGGUGGACAUAGUUACAGUACUCCAGCAUCUUCUGGCUCAUCUCACACUGUAACUGGUGGAUUUGUUGUUGCAAAUCCUUACGGUUCUGCUUCAUCUUCCCCAUCAUCAUUAUCAUCAUCACAACCAGCAUUAUCUUACAAUGAUAAUUCUCUUGUUUCCUCAUCCUCUUCUUCACCAAGCUAUCAGCUAAGUCAAUCCAGUGGCUCAACAAGUAGUCCAAAUUAUAUUACUUCUUCAUCAUAUCCUGGACAAGCAGCUGUAUCAUCAUAUACUGGUUAUCAACCUGCCACAUCUGAUGGUAAUGCUUAUGCACCAAGAGAUAAUGUAGCUUAUUCAUAUCCAAGUACUAGUUAUGGUUCACCAUCAGCUGCUAGUUAUUCUUCAGGAAACUCAGCACCAAGUUACACUAGUGCAAGUUACAGCAGUCAGCCAACUUCCGAUCAGACAUCAUCUCUUAUGAGUCCAAUUAUUAAAUACUCACAGCCAAGUAACAGUUACAGUGGAUAUUCAUCAAGCUUUUCAUCACCAAGCUCAAGCUACGCAAGUUCAAGUUAUACACCAACAAGUUCAAGUUAUUCAAGUCCAAGUGCUAGCUAUACAAGUCCAAGUGCUAGCUAUACAAGUCCUAGUGCUGGCUAUACAAGUCCUAGUGCUAGCUAUUCAAGUCCUGGUGCUAGCUAUCCAAGUCCAAGUGCUAGCUAUCCAAGUCCAAGUACUACUUAUACAAGUCAAAAUCCAACUUUUUCAUUACCAAAUAAUUUUGCACAGUAUACAACAAAUCAUGCUUCACCAACAAGCUCUUAUGCAUCUUCUUUAUCAUCAUCAGCAUCAUCUUCUGAUCCACAAGGCUCUUAUUCACAAAUCAAUCCCAUGUAUCUCAAUUAUGCAGAUGAGAAAUCAUUCGAUGAAAAUUCAAGACCAGCAAAAUAUGAUACCAUUUCAUAUUCAAGCACCGAUGAAAAGUAUUAGACUAAUAUUAAAUGUUAAAUUAAUCUAUUUAUUCAUAUUAAUUCAUAAAUAAAAGCUUUGUGUUUAUUAAUUUUAAAAAUUCACUGA